UUCAAUGUGGGCUGCAGGGCUAUAUGGAAGAUUCGCCCUUGCGUACACACGUCGAUGUAGUGACAAGAACAUUGUCGGUUGCCUCUUGACGGAGAUUUUCUGAACAUUAUUAACGGAAGGGGAACCGAAGACCUGAUCCGCUGCGAUGGCUCUCCUCACAAGCUCCGGAAGCUCCGCAACAAAAGUACAAGUUGCAACAACAUCUUGAGCACCGACAUACCAAUUCACGGCCACUUAGCCCCAUAACAUCCCUCAACAUGUCAAAAAUCGUACGAAUGACGCUCUUCAAGCUCUCAGACAACUCAGUGAUCAAAGAGGCGAUCCAGAAAUACUCCUCCCUGACUCAGGAUGCCCUCAAGGACGGCAAACCGUACAUCCAGCAAGCAGCCGCGCACCAACCGUAUGAUGAUCCCAGGAGCCAAGACUAUACGCUUGUAGCCAGGACGGUGUUCAAUUCGAAGGCCGAUAUGGACUACUACGACAAUGAGUGUGAGGCACAUGCUGCUAUCAAGACCUUCAUCAAGCCCAAGGUGGGAGGGCCACCGCUUGUAAUUUACAUGGAUGCGUAAGCGUUUCGGGGUUUCUAAGGUAGCCAACGUCUUGUCAUUCAAAUUGAAGGAUGCAUCGUUUAUGCAAAUAUAGGAUCUUACUGAAAAGUCGUAUGUACAGAUGUCUAAAAGUUUUCUUUGUCCUCGAAGUAUUUCCUGCACUCGAACACAGCUCUGAAUGGGAUGACGAAGACAGGGUGAAUCUUCCCCACAACGUCGCUCGAAUCCCAAAUAGCAUCCUCAU